CUCAUCAUGCCUCCGAAAGCGAGUGGAAAAGCCGUGAAGAAAGCUGGCAAGGCUCAAAAGAAUAUUAAUAAAGCUGAUAAGAAAAAGAAGCGCAAGAGGAAGGAAAGUUACGCCAUUUACAUUUAUAAAGUACUCAAGCAAGUACAUCCGGAUACUGGAAUCUCCAGUAAAGCUAUGAGCAUCAUGAACAGCUUUGUCAAUGAUGUUUUUGAACGAAUUGCAGCAGAAGCGUCAAGAUUAGCUCAUUACAACAAACGUUCGACAAUUACUUCUCGAGAGAUUCAAACUGCAGUACGUUUGUUGCUACCUGGUGAGCUAGCAAAACACGCUGUUAGUGAAGGUACUAAAGCUGUAACCAAGUAUACGAGCUCUAAAUAAAUGUUUCAUUAAAUCUCUUGAACUGGUCCUUCUAAGGACCAUCAAUAACUAUUGAUGUUGAACAUUUUCUUGUAUUUAUCUCGUAGAAUGUACCAAUGUCUGUAUAAUCGCAUACUUUUCUCUUUUGGCUUUAUAUAAUAUGUAUACAUAUUGCUAAUACAAUGCUAAUAUAACAUCAUUUAUGACCAA